AUGCUUGCUAUCACGCAGUCCUUCUUACACAAAGCCUUGGAGAUUCACCGAGGCGGGAUCAACGGCUUCCAGAAAAGCGGAUAUCCGAGCCCUGGGAAUUUCAACUUUAUUGUCUUGCCCCCGAACAAAAUGCUGGAGUAUUUUCUACGAAGCCACGUCCACAGCCUUUCCAGCUACUUCAACCUGGUCAUAGCAGGCUGCGUUGACCCUAACGAGAUGCUAAUCAACAACCAGGCCUCCACGCUCCUAGUUCUCCUGAUGAUUGCCCAGGGAGCAUCGUCUGUCCCUAUGGCGGAGGCUAGAUACCUGGCAGCGGGACUAACGGAGACAUGCCGGAUAUCAUUAUUUGACACCAUUGAGAAGAAUGUGGAAUUCUCGGCAGAUCCGGUUGCCCUGAGAUGUGCCCUCCUUUUUACGAUUUUGGGUGCUUGGAGUGGGGAUAAGUGGUUGAUGGACAUUGCCAUGGGUCAGCGUGGCAUGUACCUGUCGAUGCUCAAACACGCUGGUAUGCUAGAGCCGCAACCACCCGUGCUACAUCCCAUGAACGGACAAACGAACCCUGAACUACAAUGGCGCACAUGGCUCCAUCGCGAGCUUCAGAACAGACUCGUCUAUAACUGGGUUAUGGUUGAUCAAGAAUUGAGCUUGUUCCACGAUACGGCACCAACGCUCGCCAUUUCCGAUCUCCGGUGCCCUCUUCCCGGACCGGAGGUUCUAUGGAUGUCAACGAAUUCUGAGGAAUGGUGCUCUAACGUCCAGAAACUAUUCGGAGGCGAGGUUAACGUCAACCCACAGGUUCUGAAUUCGCCAUCUCUGACACCUUCACUCUGCGAUCUGUUCCACGACUUCCUCCACGACAAUCUGGCGAGGAGGCCAGGAAGCAUUACACCGAUGCAAUUACGUCUCCUCCUACACCCGCUUCAGUCGCUUCUCUGCCAUCUCGGACAGAUGCUCUCUUGCCUUUGGGAAGCUCCCGCAACCCGGGGUUCAUCUUCGAGGACCGUGACCAAAUCCAAUACCAUGACGCGGCUGGAAGAAGUUCAAGGUCUGUUGCAAAAGUGGUAUGAGCUCUCAGUAGCUCUCCACAAACAAAAUCCUGGCUGUUACCUCACACAGUGCAACCUCGUUCUUUACCACCUGAUCUCUCUCAACGCUAUCACCAAUUUCCCCGAGAUUGAGCGGUUGGCACGGCGGGAAGGCUUUGACGGGUCGAUAUGGGAGCUUUCCCAACGACAUAAGAGGUGCAUUUCCAACCGAGAGGAAGCUAUUUUCCACUCUGGGCAGGUGAUGCGGCUUGUACGGUCCAUGUCACCUAAUCGACGGCCUGCUUGGUGGGCAGCGGCCAUAUAUCGAGCGACCCUGAUCCUGUGGGUAGAUAGCAUUGGUCGUUUGGACCCAGAGUUUCAGAAGCGGCAAACACAUCGAGCUUCGCCUAUGCUCACUCCGCAAUCAUCGCCAGUGGGCAAGAGUAGGAGCGAAAGAAUGGAAACACCAACUCCGACAAAUAACGGACCGCCAACACCGCUGCAGGGCAAAGGCAAUAGUGACCUGGUAGCAAUUGACCGGGUCACUCCCGAGGACCCUGCUAUCAUUGCAUAUUUGUGGUCGGGGGAUGGAGUGGCUGUACUAACCAGGCAAGACGGCACUACAGUAGCACUUGACAAGGCUAGCAGCGUCCUCUCAUACGGAGUGUCUGCGUUGAAUGAAGGGGUAAGCACGCGCAUUGGGGAUGGAAUCAAGCGGAAGCUCGUCAUGCUGGGGAGUCAUUGGGCCGUGGAUAGUAUGGGGACCAUUCCAGUUUAA